ACUCAUAUGGUCAAUCUUCAACUUUCCUUUUUUCCUCCCUAUAAUUCCCACCUUUCCCUAUCGCCCUUCCCUUCCUAUCUCCCAUCUCCUCUGCUCAUUCUCUUUCCCAGCCUGCCCGAACUUGCAAAAGAGAGAGAGGGAGCAAAGAUAAAGAGGCGGCUGAAAAGCACCUACAGUUCAGUCAUUGAAAGCAAGGAGCGCACAGGACAAAAAAAAGAGGAGAAAAAUCCGAUUGCCCUCCUUUUGGAUGAUAUUUUAACUUAUCAGCUUCCCAGGAAUAUAUCAGAAGAGGAAACAUUUUAAUUAAAGGCUAACCCCAUUUUUUCUUUUUUUCCUGGAAUGACUUUGGAACACAAUUUCCUCUCCAAUAUCCAGAAAAGAUAGAUAUAGAGUCUAAGAUUUUUUUUUGUGCAUGUAGUUUUCUAAAGAAAAAAACCCCCUAAAUAUCUUGAAUUCACUAACAGAGGGCAAAUAACUAAAAGACAACAGGGAUACGGAGAAAAGGAGAUGCAGGUGUAUUCUAACUAAGUCAAAUUCCCAAAUUAUUACUUUUAUAAUAAACACCAAAUAUUUUUUAAAGGUAAAAAAAAAAGUGAGAAAAGGAUGACAUAAGAGAACAAAUAAGCACGACAGAAAAUAACCUGGAAAAAAAAAAAAAAAAAAAAUCACCAGAAGAAGUUGACUAGGACAAUGAAAAAUUUUUUCCUCAUCUUCCUACUCCACUUGGUGGCGGCGGCGUUGGUGGUGAAAAGUGUGCCUCAGGUGCAGCUCGAGCGCUGGGUGCGCUCAGGUCUUCAGACGCUCCAGUGGGAGCGGCUGGACCGCUGCCUCCGUGCCUCCCCUCGCUCUGACAGCGAGUGCCGGCGGUUUGCCCACCUCCCUCCUUCUGUUGUGGCUGUCUACACCUCUGAACCGCGCACCGCCACUGCAGGUACCUCCGACAAAGUUUUGGCUAUCCUACCAGAUUCUUACUCCUCCAGUGGGUUGAUCAGCUCCAAAUUUCGGAGUGCUUUCAGCAUUGGCUCAAUGGUGAAUGGAAGAGAGAGGCGUCACAGGUACCAACUGCCUUUGCCUGGCUCUAUGACACACGAUGCAGUGCUGGUGCUGGACCCGAGUCCCGGUGAGAACUUUGGACACCCGAUUGCUCUUUUCUAUGUGGAUCUCAACGUGACAAAAAAGAGAUGCUCUCAUCUGGAUGGCAUUUACCUGGGAGAUGAAUGCUUGACUCAGGCCUUGAAAGGUCGUUGUCAGAAUCAGAUGAAGCGGUGGCAGGCUGCGCCCGAGAGGCUAAUGGGUCACGGGCACAGCUGGCUGGUAGGGGGACUUCGACGUGGCGGGACAUUUAGCAGUUCAGUCAGUGAACGGCUCUGUGAGGUCCACUUUCUCCCCUUGGUGGUUGGAGUCGGAGACAACAACCGGACCCAGAGACUCAGAUGUGUAGAUCACAAAGACUUUUCCAGGUGUCCUCAAUUGGUACCCAUGGGGUCCCCCAGUUUGCCCAUCUCCAGCUGUGAGCUGAACAAAAACACAAGACGUUGUCACCAACAGCCACUGGCCACUCACCUUUCCUGUCGCCUUUACCAGACAUGUGACCACGCAGUACUUAUAUCUGGGGGCUGGCGGCAACAGAUGACAUUCCAGCGACAUGUGCAUAAUCUCCAGAAGUUUUACAGAAUGCUGCGGAUCAAUGGCUUUCACAAAGACCACAUCAAAACCUUCUUUGCCAGCAGUGGGCACAUUCCUGAGGAGCUAGACGGUGCCUACUCAGCUACAGAAAAAACAACAAUCCGUAACCAUGUGUCAUACGUCUGCAGGAAGCAGCACUGUGCAGAUUCUCUAGUGCUGUACCUAAACUCACCCACACGAAAUGAUGGCACCAUGCUUCUCUGGGAUGCUAACCUCAAUGGCAUUGCUGAUCUGAAGGAGCGUUACUCUGUCAACGAGCUGUUGACCGAUCUGGCCGGCUGUAGGGCAACUCGCGUUUUGUUAUUCGUGGAUCAGACUUACAGCGGUGUUCUGUCCAAAAGAUUGAGAGGCUCGCAGAAACAUCUCAAUGUAGUUCUGAUCCAGAGACAAAAAAUGUCACUUCAAAACUACCAGACCCAGAUGGGCAACGGUUGGGAGGACAAUAGCUGGGCUCACAUCGGUCCAUCAACCUGCUUGCUGGACCACCUGGAGAAGAGUACUGGAGCUUCCCAUGUUUUGGACCAGUGGGCCGGCCUCUUAAACAUCACCCUUGCAGGAGCUCCAUGCAAUGUCACACCACCAUUAACGGAGAUCGAGAUGCGGCGGUGGUACCAGGGAUGCCAAAACCUGCCCACUGCACUCUGGCACAGGAAGUACCGAAGAAUCAACUAAGAGAAGGGACAGAUACCCUAAGAGACUGAUUAGACUCCAACAGCGAGAGAGAGAGGAUGAAAGACCUCACAUGUGCACAAAAAUACAUAUUAGAUUUAUUCCAUGCACGUGUAGACAGACAGUAGCUGAAAUGUGUGUAUGUUUAGUGUGUGAAUGGUGUGUAUGUGUGUUUUCUGCCCUUACGCUGAACUCGGACUGUAACCAUGGCUAUGACAGCUCAUCCCAAGGGGUCGUCCCGAACGCCAUUUGUGUUGAUAUGUGUAUAUGUAGGUUCAACAAAAGGACAGCCACUUAGGUCAGCGUGUAUGCAUGUCUGCGUGUGCACAUGUGUCUUGAGCAUUUUACAACCAAUCAUUUGUCUCUUAUGUUUGUCCAUUUCUUCUUUUAUUUUAUUCUUGUAUUUAUCCAUCCAUCCCUCAGCACUCACUCUUGUACUCGGCCUUUUGUUGUUGUUUCAAAUUGAUUAAUGUUCCCAUUAACGUGCAUUGUUAUCAGAAACUGACAUUGUAAGAAAUCUGUGGAUCCAAGGGAUUCUAUUUCUCCAACACAGAUGUAGCCCCAAAUUAUUGGACUACACAGGUGUGCUUAGGCGCAAAACGCAGUGCACCUGGAUUUUGAUGUCGGCGCUAACUUCACAGAUCAGGUUUUUUGAUUUGACAGACUGCUCUUUUCCAAGCUAGGCAUAGACAAGCCUGGCGCAAUUAACAAUUUGGUGGAUUGAAGUCACUCUUCUUGCCACCUCUUGAAAUACGGUUUAAAUUCUGGCACGAGGUAGCACAAUUUUCGUGCAACAGAGAUCGAAUUGAUGGAAGACGGAUACUUGAGCUACCGUGGAUGUUUGGUGUAUACUGUACUGAAUAUGUGAGCAGUGUGCAUUGAACCCUCUGCAUCAGCCCAUCCCUCCUCCUGCAGCCCAGCAAAAGGGCCAUCGUCACCCCCACGGGAUCCAGGGUGGUCCCCUGGGCCACCCGCGCACCCAUCAACUGGGCUUCAGGGAUGGGAAGAGGAGGAUGUACCACUAACCAGAACCACACCAGCUGAACUGCCGGACCCGUGCUGGCACAACUCCAAGGACCCGGGAUGGCGAAAAAACGACAACCCGGCCAAAAGGCCAAACUCCGCGCGUUCACCUUAGUCUUAACCCCUUGUACUGACUCAAGUUGACAAUUUAUUCCAGGUCGGCACCAAUCAUACAGAACAGAGAGACCCAGGCGAGGAGGCAAGCUGGCUCCAGGGUCACCAUAUCACAAGUCAACAAAAGGUUCCUGAGAAAAAUGACAACGAUUAGUUAAACAUUGUCUUUUAAAGGCUCUGGUGAAGCGGGCUGUGGUCCGGAAGAAGGAUGUGUUCGGGAGUUGUUUAGGAUUAUUUUCUGUUUGUGGAUUGGUCAGAAGGAUUUGGGCGUUACUGUUGUCAGGGCAAUGAGAGUUAAGGGUUUUGCCAUCUUCAACGCUUCUCGGUCUCGGGUUUUUUCCUAUUAGAUGUUCCUUGUGGCAAGACAAGAUGUGCCGCCAUUUGUUCUUUUUUUUUUUUUUUUUGCCAUUUUGAAAGUUGGAAAAAGGCUUCAGAACACAUGUUGACAAUUUAUUCAAGUCGCCAGCGAUCAAACGGCAAGGCAAAACAGCAACAAACCCAGGCGAGGAGGCAGACUCGUUCCAGGUUCACCAUAUCACAAGUCAACAAAAUGAUCCCAAGAAAAAUGAUGAUUAGUUAAACAUUCAGUGUUUUUGAAGGCUGUCAGGGGGUGGGGGGCUUUGGGCAGGAAGAAGGGUGUGUUUGGGUCUUCUUCUUUUACAGAUUUGGGAGAUCAAGUUCAUGUUUCACCGUUGCUGAGUCAUGGUUAAUGAGGCAAUUGAGGUGGGAGGGAUGGUGCACCUUACCCUCUGAGCUAUCAAACUUCUGUUUGAGUUCUGUUUGUUAUCGGGUGUUGUGAUAGUACAGGACGUCCCGCCAUUUGUUCUGGACUGUCCUGAAGAGCUUAUUGCGGCAUUUGGUGUUGCAAAUGAGGGUUGUAGAUGUCUUGCUGAUCACCUGGUAGUCAGCGUCAAUCUUGCUCAGUCAGCUGCAUGACGCACGUGUUGGGCUUCCAUUGUCAGAAGGAGUCAUGUAUGUCUUAUGCCCUAUGUCAAAUAUAUUCUGCUUGUUUUCCUGAUACUAUGAUAUAAAGGGUAUUUAUUUUAUAUUGGGUAUGUCAGACAAAUACAAACAGUCAAACAGUAAAUACGAAAAAAGAUACUAUUCAUUCAAAGCGCAAGGUAGUACGUUGGGUGUCAAAUUCGCCUCUUGUAGGACUUUUCGCUGGUGGAGCACAUUUUGGCAGAACACAGUUUUUUUUUUCCUACUCUCGUCUUGUCUCAUCCCGUCUUUCCUGUUCAUUUUGCUUGCUGUCAUGCUCAAUAAUGUCUCAGGUUCAAAUUGAAAGGGUUGAACAGGCAACAUGUUUAUAUCGCUAGAGUCAUACUCUGGAAGCCCGGCAGUGUAACCACGUGACGUUACCGCCCUGCGAGGUCAACAACAAUGGCCACCUACUAGUUAAACUAAUUUUACAAAUUGUAUAAAAACGAAAACAUCAAGAGGGGUUUCAAUAUCAAAUUAUUUUAACUCAGAAUACAGUGGUAUGAAAAAGUAUCUGAACGUUUUGGAAUUUCUCACAUUUCUACAUUAAAAUCGACAUCAAAUGUGAUCUGAUCUUUGUCAAAACCACACAGAUAAAUAAAACAGUGUCUGCUUUAACUAAAACCACCCAAACAUUUAUAGGUUUUCAUAUUUUAAUGAGGAUAGUAUGCAAACAAUGGCAGGGGAAAAAUAAGUCAGUGAACCAUCACAUUUUAUAUUUUGUGCUCCCCCAUCCCCCCUCCCCUUUGGCAGCAAUAACUUCAACCAGACACUUUUAGUCGCUGCAGAUCAGUCUGGCACAUCGAUCAGGACUAAUCUUGGCCCAUUCCUCUCUACAAAACGGCUGUAGUUCAGUCAGAUUCCUGGGAUUUCUGGCAUGAAUCGUUGUCUUUAGGUCAUGCUACAGCAUCUCAAUGGGGUUUAAGUCUGGACUUUGACUUGGCGACUCCAGAACGUGUAUUUUGUUCUUCUGAAACCAUUCUGAAGUUGAUUUACUUCUGUGUUGGGAUCAUUGUCUUGUAGCAUCCAUCCUCUUUUUAGCUUCAACUGUCUGACAGAGAGCCUCAGGUUUUUCUCCAAAACAUCCUGAUUAACUUUUAAAUUCAUUCUUCCAUUAAUGAUUGCGAGUUGUCCAGGCCCUGAAGUAGCAAAACAGCCCCAAAUCAUGAUGCUCCCUCCACCAUGCUUCACAGUGGGGAUGAGGCGUUGAUGUUGGUAGCUGUUCCAUUUUUCCUCCACACAUGACGUUGUGUGUUACUCCCAAACAAUUAAACUUUGGUUUAAUCAGUCCACAAAAUAUUUAUCCAAAACUUCUGUGGAUUGAUGAACAUCCAGACUUUUAGUGAUGGGUUUGUAUCCUUUCACAGGUUUAUACAAAUCAGCAAUCCUCGAUCGCAAGUUUUCAGAGAGCUCUUUUUGUUAAAGCAGACACCAUUUUUUCAUCUGUGUGAUUUUGACAAAGAUCAGAUCACAUUUGAUGGUGAUUUUAUGCAGAAAUGUGAGAAAUUUCAAAAGGUUCAGACACUUUUUCAUACCACUGUAACAAUUAUCUUUUAAGAACUACAAGUCUUUCUAUCCCUGGAUCCAUCUAAUACAUAGAGCUUUCUUUUCUUGUCCUGAAUAAAGGAAGACAAGGGAGUGAUGCUAAGGACAUGGAAGGAGAAGACAAGAUUGGCCUGCAAUGAUCAUGAUUAAGAUAUGAAGAACUGAGACUGCCCUCACUGCUACACCGGCUGGCCAUGGCUUUUUAAUAAGGGCACUGCUUCUGUGCGCGGUUAUGCGCGCAUGAAUGCUGAAUCUCUUGAACUGGUGCACAUACUCUAGUAGGAACUCAUCACACGUAAUGUUUUUGUUUUUUUUAACCUUUUAAUCCAUUUGUCCUGUACAUGUCAACUUUUCGGUUUUAACUCACCACAUACACUUCAUGGACAAUAGAAAAUGAGACACAUUCCACUUUAGAAAGCGUGAAAAGUGAAUGGGAAUCGGGUAAUUCUCACCAAACUACUAUUCCAAGCAUAUCUUGACAUGACUUUUUGUUCUGGUAACAGAGAUGGACCUUCCCCAAAUGAUUCCCCUAUUGCUAAUUUAACUUAUUAAGAAAUACUGUAUGUAUGUAUAUGAAUCCUUCUGUCAACAUAUGACAAUUGUUUUGUGUUGACACUUGUUUACAUAUUGUAGAAGAUGGAGGAAAACGUGUGAACUGAUGAAUAUGACUAGCUAUCAGUAUUGUGUACGAAAAGUAGCUGUACGUACAUAUACCCAAGUUUGUGUACAUAUUAUGAAAUGAAAAUUAAGCAGAAAUGUUUCUAAUGGUAUGCACUAUUUCACAAAAUUGACUCAAUAAAGAUGCU